GGGCUCUGAUCUUCUUGCUCUGUCAAAAACGCGCGUAUCAAACAGAAUUAAAGGAGGUAUAGUAAUUUUAUUAAUACAAGAAUUACUUCUUUCGUACAAUUUAAAGAAAUAGUUAAGUAAAGUAAUUAAGUUAAAAAAUUGUCCUAAUAAAUCAACAAAAUGAAUAUAACACAAAUGAGUGGCCAACUCGACUUACUGGAUGUAGCCGGAAGCAUGUUGGAAAAGCAUGAUUCUAAAGAUUUGUGUUCACCAGGACUUCUGGAGAUGACCGGCAUAAAUCAACAUGGAAUGGCAACGGCAAGUGGUCUUAAUGAUUACGACUACCAGACACUGUCAAGUUUGUCCAUGGGUCACAAGCAGCUAAACCAAUUGCAAACCAUCAAUAAAAUUCCUAUACCUCCUGAAAUUUUGGAGCAUUUUAAACAUAUCAAAUGUCACUGUAUGAUGGGUCUUUUUCCGGAGAUUGGUAGAGCAUGGUUAACUAUUGAUUCAGAAAUAUAUAUUUGGACAUAUGAACAGUCUCGUGAUGUUGCAUAUUACGAUGGAUUAAGUCAUCUAAUUAUAAGUGUUGGUUUGGUCAAACCAAAACCUGGAGUUUUUAUCAAUGAUGUUAAAUAUCUCUUAAUACUUACUACACCAAUUGAAAUAAUUGUUUUAGGCGUUACCUUUGGAGACACAACGAAAACUAUAUCUUCACCAACACGAAACAUUCAGAGCACGGCAACUUUUGAAGAAAUGCAGUUGAUGAACAAACCAAUCUUCAUAUUGAGCACAGAUAACGUUUCGAUAAACGUUGUUAUGGGAAGUGAUAAUGGUAGAAUUUUUUUGGGUGGACGCGAUGGUUGCCUUUACGAAAUAUCUUAUCAAGCAGAGUCAAGUUGGUUCGGAAAACGAUGUAAAAAAGUAAAUCAUUCGCAGGGCAUCGUUUCAUACAUUGUUCCAAGUUUCUUAAAAGUAUUUUCGGAAAAUGAUCCAAUUGUUCGUUUGGCAAUAGAUAGUAGCCGUCAAUUGCUAUAUGUCUUGACCGAAAAAGGUUCAAUAGAGGCAUGGGAAAUGGGACAGGAUUGUAGCACUAUGCGUCGGAUAGCUAAGGUAACGCAGAAUGAAAUUUCUCAAUGUGCUGGAAACAUAAUAAAAACCGUAGAUCCAGCAGUGUUUAAGAAUAUUAAAUCAAUAUGCCCAUUAUCUGCGGAUGAUUGUCAAAAUCUUCAUUUAUUAGCAAUAACUCAAUGUGGCGUUCGUUUAUUUUUUGCAACCAAUCCGCUAGUAGGAUUCCAAAAUUCUAAUAUUCAUCAAAGUCCUCUUAACCAAACACAGAUGUCGAUGAAUCAACACUCCCCUACAAAACCAACACCUGUAGGUAACGCGACGGGCCCAUUGCCGAGUCAAACUUCUCCACAUAGUUCAGCAACUGAACAAAGAAGGCAACAAGGUUUAUAUCUUUUACAUGUGAGGCUACCGCCCGGAUAUACUCCUAAUACCACCAUUAAUAAGCCGAAACAAGUUCAUUCUGCCCAUUAUAAUGAAGGCACCUUACUGAUGGUUUCAACGCCCCAACAAGAUCAGGAUAUUUUGUGGUCUAUAAGUUCAGCACCUUUUCCACAUCGUCCCUAUUUAACUGAAUCGACAACGGUUAUUCCGUUAGAUGGUAUUGUCUGGAGUUUAGCAGAGAUGCCCGAUCGGUGUAAAGCACAACUACAAUCAAUACUUCGAAAAGCGCAAAAGCCUAAAAAAGUAGUUUUAUUAACUAAUCAAGGAGCACACAUUAUUUCACUUUUAAAACCUGUGGAUAUUUUGCAACAACUACUUAUAGCCUGCCAUGGACCCCAUCAUGAUGCAGUCAAAGCAUUCUUCCAGGCCCAAGGUGAUCGUGAAGCUUGUGCUACAGCUUUGCUUUUAACAUGUUCCGAACAAUAUCGUGGAACCGAUUUAGCAAUGUGGGCGGCGCAGGCGUUUUUGUUAUAUGGUGGAGAGCCAACAUUUUCUAAUCAAAUGCAAAUAAUGGCAGGUUUGCAAGGACAGCGUCCAUACCUUAAUAAUUCUAUGGGCAUGGACCAACGCAACACACCACAGAUGUUUAUAUCUACACCAAUGCCAAACACUGGAAGCGGUGGCUUAGGAAAUCGUACACUUCAAAAUACACCAAUACAAAGCCCCAUACAACAUACGCAGUAUCCCCUAAGUCCAAUUUACAAUCAAAAUUCAUUCAUUGGAUCUGGUAUUGCACCAGUUAACGAUAUGAAUACCAUUAUUUAUUCUUCCAAACAUGAUGGUCUUUAUAUAUAUGUCGCGCGUCUAUUACGACCUAUAUGGAAAAUUCGUUGUGUGGAUGAGAAUCUAAAUAGUAAAUUAACUCAGGCGGAUUGUACAUUUAUUCUUGAAGAUUUGUAUGCGCUUAAAAAUUUCUUGGAUGCAAACUCCGUUAAUGAUUUAUCAUGUACAAUGAGAGCUUUUAAUAAUCAAAGCACACUCUCAAAUGGAUAUGGACUUUUGAUGCAAAAUAACACAAAUAUGCAUACAAAUGACCCACAAAUGAAUGCUGCAGAACAAGCUCAAACUGAAGAAAAGCGUUCAUUGACUGCAUUGAAUUAUUUUAUAAAGCAUACUUGUGAAGUUAUAGCAUUGUGGAAAAUUUUAUGCGAACAUCAAUUCCAAGUUUUAGCCAGCCAAUUAUUAAAAGAGCAACAAUCAGUUCUAUUAUCGUGCACUUUUCGCGAUUUAAUUUUAUCUCGUUCUGAGUCGUGUGCGCUUUUGAUUGUAGCCUUAAUAAAUUCUUAUUUAAAGGAUAACGCAUCAGUUAGCACAAUAUCUUCAAAACUCCGUGACGAAUGUCCCAAUUUAUACCGUCAUGAGGAUGCUGUCUCAUUUAAGGCCACGGAAAUAUUGAUGAAUUCUAAAAAUUGUACCAAUCUUGAAGAAAAACAGGACAAGUUAAGAACAGCACUACAACUAUGCAAAGAUGCAGCUCCGAAUUUACCUUUACAAAAUAUUUGUCAGCAGUUUGUACUGAGUGGCUUUUUUGAAGGUGUUAUAGAGUUGACAUCUACAUGUGCAUUUAAAAUUGAUCCUGAAGAAUUUGGUAUACACUUUUACCAAAGCGACGAACCAGAAGAGGAUCGUGAAGGAUAUGCUGCAUAUGCUGCACGCCUAAAUUGUUAUAAGGAAGUAAAACUGAUGAUGGAUCAUGUAUACCAAUCCGUUUGCAAUGCCAAUGCAAACCAAGAGUUUUCUCAGCAAAUAUGCAAUAAACAAGAGUUGAGUGUCAAUGCCCAGAUUAUGAAAAUUGUUGGUAUAUCUGUACAAAUAAAAGAUCCGAUUUUACAUGUCUGUGCUUAUGAAUGGUUAAUGGCGCACGAUAUGCUUUCUGAGCUACUAUCAUUAACAGAGCAGACUCUGGGCGAAUUUCUACGAAGAAAUGUUGUACGAAAUCCAGAUAAUUUAAAUUUGAUCGAUUUAUUAUGGAAGUAUUAUGAGAAAAAUGGUCAUCAUGCACAGGCUGCACGUAUUUUAGAUAAUUUAGCAUCUACUCAGAGUGAUGGUAUUCCGCUAAUACAAAGAAUUGAGUAUUUGGCUAGAGCAGUAAUGUGCAUGCGAAACGAUGGAGUUGGUUAUUCAAUAACAAAUGGCGUCCUACUCAAGGAACUAGAGGAUAAGCUAGAAAUCGCUCGUGUUCAAAAAACUGUCUUAGAUGCUGUCUCAGCUUUAGCACUAACUAAUAACGAUGCUAAUAAAGCUGUUGAAAAUUUAAACAAAAUUUUAUAUGAUAUUACACAAUUGUACGAGAAUUUUGCGGAUCCAUUUGAUUUGUGGGAGUGCAAAUUAACUAUUCUUAACUGUUCGCAUCAUAACGAUCCUUUGCUAAUUGAAUCUGUAUGGGGUCAAAUCAUAAAUAAAUCAGUCGAAGGUACAGGCUCAAUGCAAGAAAGAAGUACGCGAUUGUUUUCAAAAAUUGAAACACUUUUCAAGGAAUUUGGGGAAUCGGGCCACUGCUUUCCACUUGCUUUCAUUAUAAGAGAACUAGAAAUAAAGGCAUGUCAGUUGCGUUUAUCUGAAGGUAUUGUACCAGAUAAAUUAGUCGCCAUGAAUAUCGAUGUGGAGUUACUUAUGGAAUAUUAUUCGAGGAUGAUUUCAAUUAAUGAACGCAUAUGGGCAAAUGAAGGCAACGAGUGGCAUUUAGUUCAAUCUUCUAUAAGAGUGGUUACUCUUUUGGCAAAUAAUGCCCAUGCAAUAUGGUCCAGAUCAAAACGUCGAAUAAUUGGAAAAGCUCAAGAUAUGGUAUCGGUAUGUUUAAAUUUGUGCUAUCAGAAACCUGGAACUGAAAGAAUGCAACAAUCUUUAAAGGAAUUGCAAUGUCGCCUUCAAAGGAGCUUAACAUAAGUUGCAAAGUAAAUUAUUAUAUUAAUAAGAUUUAGUUUUUAAAAUCUUCUAUUUUUAUAUUAACAACCGUUUGUUGAUAGGGAUUCUAUAUAUUUUUUGUUUUUAAUACAAAUAAAUAAUUGCAACAUUUAAAAAAUAAAAAAGUCAAACUUAUUAUUUGCCAUGCAUUUAAUUUUUUCAUAAUAUACAUAAACUACGUGUACUUUAGUUAUACUUUGUUCCGUAAAGGCCUUUAAAGGUGGAAUAAUCAAAAAAUCAUUCGUUGUUUAAACCAGCUUAAAAUCAAAUUUCAGUUUUCCAGUAAUGUUUUAUGUUGUUAAUAAUGUAAUAAUAAUAACAUUCUAAUAUUUAUGUUGCCUCUAAUUCAAAGAAAUAUGCCUAGGCCUCCAUAGAGUCUAUUAUUCGCUCCUUUAGGUUUAUGUUAUGAAGGGUGUUUAAACGAUUAUUUGCGAUAUUUUCCCUUUAAUUGUAACUUCUAAUGAUUUACUACUUUUAGAGCGGGUUUUUGGGUUGGUGAUCAAAUGCCAAUUAAUAAUCAGAUUAGUUAAUUUAAAAAUAAAUUAAAUUAAAUUUAGUCUGAUGUUUAUUUCAUUUGAUGUUUCUGAGUAUAAGAGUAAAAUUCGACGUGUUGCUAUACAAAACUACAGAAAACGUCACUAUUUGUUAUCAAAACGAUGCAUAUUUUAUAAAAAAGAUGAAGACAAUUGUAAUUUAAAACAAAACAAUAUAAUAUAUAGUCCCCAUAAAUUAUACUUAUCAAUAAAUGAAACAUUUUAAUGUUUAUUUUCAAAAAAUUGUAUAAUUUUUUUUUGCAUCAGCUGUUUACACUUUUGAAUUUCUUGUUCAAGUUUAAACCAUGUUAAACUUGAACAAGAAAUUUAAAUGUAAAUUUAAAAUGGUGGAGACCAUAUAAUACUUCGGAUUUGUAAUUUGUUCGGGGCUCCAACUUCCUGUCGGGGGGCUCUCUCCCAACCAACGUGGGAUGACCUGGCAAUUUCAGUUUUUUAAUACUAGCCAACAAACUUUGGGAGUCAAAAAGAACUAUUAUUUAUUUAACGACUAAAACGUUAACUGUAUUUUAUUUAUUUAUUUAUUCAGUAAUAUAAAGCCACUUUGGCCAAAAUAACAAUAUUACAUAGUAAAAUAUACGCCUUAAAAAUAUUAUAAAGGUUGAUAUAUGCUUAAUAUAUAUUUAUUAAUUUGUUACAUAUAUUUAUUCAUUCAGGCUCCCCAGCCAGUAAAAUUGAAAAUAUAAACAAAUACACAUAAGGUCCCAUUCAGAAGCAAUUAAUGAUUAAUACUAUUUAAUAAAUGUAAA